CCCCCCCCCCCCCGUGUUCUCGUUUCACGCACGCGUGGAUCUCCAGUCGGCUGCUGAGAGCAGAUCCCAUGCACGUGGUCUCCUCUGGUGUUAGUUCUCAACGGGGAAGUGGCAGCUCCUGACCAGAGAUACACAGCCGCCUAUGACUUCCUGAGUGGGGCUUGGGAGGAAGGCGCUGCUGAGUCUGAGACAUAGGGUAGCUGAGUGACACUAUGAGAAAGUGACAUUUACCUGAGGCCACCCAGAUACCCUGAAGGACCCAGAACUUGAAUUUUGGACCCUGCGGAUUCCCAUCAGAAAGCUAUGACGUCGUACCACACAAGCCAGAGAAGAGAAGAUAAAGUCCCCAGAAAGGGUGGCCCGGGGCCAGAACCCACCUCUCUCUACAGACUCCACAAGCCUGGUCCUCUAUUCUACUUAACAGACCUUCUGGCCACCUGAAACCUCAAGAUGGCCUCCAGCUCAGCCCCUGAUGAAAACGAGUUUCAAUUUGGUUGCCCCCCUGCUCCCUGCCAGGACCCAUCAGAGCCCAGAGCUCUCUGCUGCACAGCCUGUCUCUCUGAGAACCUGAGAGAUGAUGAGGAUCGGAUCUGUCCUAAAUGCAGAGCAGACAGCCUCCAACCUGUGAGCCCAGGAAGCCCUCUGACUCAGGAGAAGGUUCACCCUGAUGUAGCUGAGGCUGGAAUCAUGUGUCCCUUUGCAGGUGUUGGCUGUCCCUUCAAGGGGAGCCCACAAUCCAUGCAGGAGCACGAGGCCACCUCCCAGUCCUCCCACCUGUACCUGCUGCUGGGGGUCUUAAAGGAGUGGAAGUCCUCACCAGGCUCCAAUCCAGGCUCUGCACCCAUGGCACUGGAGAGAAACCUGUCAGAGCUGCAGCUUCAGGCAGCAGUGGAGGCGACGGGGGACCUGGAGGUAGACUGCUACCGGGCACCUUGCUGUGAGAACCAGGAAGAACUGGCCCUGCAGCACCUCGUGAAGGAGAAGCUGCUGGCUCAGCUAGAGGAGAAGCUGCGUGUGUUCGCAAACAUCGUUGCUGUCCUCAACAAGGAAGUGGAGGCUUCCCACCUGGCACUGGCUGCCUCCAUCCACCAGAGCCAGUUGGACCGAGAGCACAUCCUGAGCUUGGAGCAGAGGGUGGUGGAGUUACAACAGACCCUGGCUCAAAAAGACCAAGCCCUGGGCAAGCUUGAGCACAGUCUGCGGCUCAUGGAGGAGGCGUCCUUUGACGGCACGUUCCUGUGGAAGAUCACGAAUGUCACCAAGCGGUGCCACGAGUCAGUGUGUGGCCGGACUGUCAGCCUCUUCUCUCCAGCUUUCUACACUGCCAAGUACGGUUACAAGCUGUGCCUGCGCUUGUACCUGAACGGGGAUGGCUCAGGCAAGAAGACCCACCUGUCCCUGUUCAUCGUGAUCAUGAGAGGAGAAUAUGACGCUCUCCUGCCCUGGCCUUUCCGGAACAAGGUCACCUUUAUGCUACUUGACCAGAACAACCGUGAGCACGCCAUUGAUGCCUUCCGGCCUGACCUGAGCUCGGCUUCCUUCCAGAGGCCGCAGAGUGAGACCAACGUGGCCAGCGGCUGCCCACUCUUCUUCCCCCUCAGCAAGCUGCAGUCGCCCAAGCACGCCUAUGUAAAAGAUGACACGAUGUUCCUCAAAUGCAUUGUGGACACUAGUGCUUAGGGCUGGGGCGUCUCCUGACGGGAACCAGCUUAGACUGGGGGACUUAGCUAGACAGCCAGGCCCCGCCCUCGGAGCCCACAGUCCAAGACAAGGAUGGGCCGAGGCUGGCAUGACUCUGGCGACACAGCCUGGCUGUGGCUGAUGUGAGACUGGAGGAACGUGAGUUGUGCACACAGAGUGGAGGAGAAGACAGAAGUGCUCUCUUCACGAAGUCUAGACAACACCAGGAGGCCAGCACGCCAGCAGGUCCUGACUGUUGAGACCGGCCUAGAUCAGGAUGAAGAGAGGCUAGCCUGAAGCAUGGACAUUGAGCCAAGGCUCUGGGGCCUAAGUGGACGGUCACUCCUACUAGGACAUUCUCUGGAGGCCAGGGCAUAACUGGGAAAAUGCCCCAUCUCUCUGUUCAGACUCAAAACUAGAACCACAGGGCAGAAGGGUCAGACAUUAGUGUGAAUUUAACCUGUUCUGGACUGAGUUCCUAGGUUAACAGAUAUGCAAACAGGUAAACCCAGAAGCUGUCCCGGGAAAUGCUUACUGGCUGGAUCUGAAGACCGUUGAUGUUUUUACACAUAAAACAAACAACAAACGCCU